CGACGUUUUGCGACAGUGCCGUGUGCCGAUACGUCGUCGCUACCGAGUGAAGUGCGUCUCUCUGGAGGAGAUACCGGCUGAGAGAAACGCUGCGACAAGAGAAAGCAGCAUAUUUCGGGCUCGUCCUCCGCCGGGACUGUCUCCGACCACCGCGAACCCCUCGCCGGUACAUUACAUACCACCCGCAAGCUCGAUGUGGAAGCUGGGCUGAGGGAAGAAAGGGCCGCGCUGGGGGGGAAGGCAACUAGCCGAAUUACCAAACCGAGCUCGUUGAAGUAGCCUAGUUGCCUCCCGAGCGACGCUUUAAAAAAAAAAAAAAAAAGAACGAAGAAGAAGGAAGGAAGGAAGCAGCGGAUCCUUUUGAGCCCCGAACCGUAGUUGAAAAUGGACUAUGAUUUUAAAGUCAAGCUGACCGGCGAAAGGGAGCGCGUCGAGGAUCUGUUCGAGUACGAGGGAUGCAAAGUGGGAAGAGGCACCUACGGUCAUGUGUACAAAGCGAAGAGAAAAGAUGGGAAGGAUGAUAAGGACUACGCCCUCAAGCAGAUUGAAGGCACUGGCAUCUCCAUGUCAGCCUGCAGAGAGAUUGCACUACUGCGGGAGCUGAAGCACCCCAACGUCAUCUCUCUGCAGAAGGUUUUCCUGUCACACGCAGACCGUAAAGUAUGGCUGCUAUUUGACUACGCCGAACAUGAUCUCUGGCACAUUAUUAAGUUUCACAGAGCAUCCAAGGCCAAUAAGAAGCCACUUCAGCUGCCGAGAGGAAUGGUCAAGUCACUGCUCUACCAGAUCCUGGAUGGCAUCCAUUACCUCCACGCCAACUGGGUCCUUCACAGAGACCUUAAACCAGCUAACAUUUUAGUGAUGGGGGAGGGGCCAGAGAGGGGCAGAGUAAAGAUUGCGGACAUGGGGUUUGCCCGUCUCUUUAAUUCACCAUUGAAGCCUUUAGCUGAUCUUGACCCCGUGGUGGUCACCUUCUGGUACAGAGCACCGGAACUACUGCUGGGGGCUCGGCACUAUACCAAAGCCAUCGACAUCUGGGCGAUUGGCUGCAUCUUUGCAGAGCUGCUGACGUCUGAACCCAUAUUCCACUGUCGCCAGGAGGACAUCAAGACCAGUAAUCCGUACCACCACGACCAACUGGACCGCAUCUUCAACGUCAUGGGCUUCCCUGCAGAUAAAGACUGGGAGGACAUCAAAAAGAUGCCAGAACACUCCACGCUGAUGAAAGACUUUAGAAGGAACACAUAUACAAACUGCAGCCUUAUAAAGUACAUGGAAAAACAUAAAGUCAAACCAGACAGCAAAGCAUUCCACCUGCUGCAGAAGCUGCUGACGAUGGACCCCAUCCGUAGAAUCACAUCUGAGCAGGCCAUGCAGGACCCGUACUUUUUGGAGGAGCCCCUGCCCACGUCCGAUGUGUUUGCAGGCUGCCAGAUUCCCUAUCCCAAGAGAGAGUUCCUGACAGAGGAGGAGCCAGAGGACAAGGCAGACAAAAAGAACCAGCAGCAGCAACAGGGAAACAACCACACAAAUGGGGCGGGGCAUACUGGCAACCCUGACAACAGCCACGCCCAGGGCCCGCCUCUGAAGAAGGUGCGAGUUGUCCCGCCCACCACUACCUCAGGCGGCCUAAUCAUGACCUCAGACUACCAGCGCUCCAAUCCACAUGCUGCCUACCAGAACCCCGGACCAAGCACAGCACUGCCCCAAAGCAGCAUGGGAUACUCCACUACCUCCCAACAACCACCCCAAUACUCCCACCAAACCCACCGCUACUGAAACGCCCCUCCCACACUCGCAAACACACACACACACACACACAUACACAGCCUUCGCCGUGUCCACCUGAACGAAUGUACUGAGGGCUGUGGGUAUGUCCAAGGCAACAAACCCCCUCCCCCACCCCAUAGAGGGGCACCUUCUCUGCAGCAGUCUGUUCAGAAUUACAAAAAUCUUCACUUCUUCAAGACAACACACCUUAACCCCAGUAUUAAAGCAAAACCUGACUGGUGGAACACAAGGCUGGAGGAUGAGGGGGGAAAAAAGGAUGCUGUUUCUGAAUCCAACUGGUUUUCUGUUAUUAAGAUGAAAUCAAACCAGCCGAGAGAAGAUGGCUCGGUUUCGAGGGGCACGAGGAAUCUUUUGUGUCAUCUUCUCCCUUCUAGCCCUAGCCAGUUACCCUCUUCCUGUUGAAGCUUGGAUGAGACUGAAAGCUGCUAUGUGACUGCCAUCGCUGACAGAUUCCCUGUCCUCAUAUCUGUCUGACCGUGUGUUCGUCUGUCUAUUUUGUGUGUGUGUGUGUGUGUGUGUGUGUGUGUGUGUGUGUGUGUGUGUGUGUGUGUGUGUGUGUGUGUGUGUGUGUGUGUGUGUGUGUGUGUGUGUGUGUGUGUGUGUGUGUGUGUGUGUGUGUGUGUGUGUGUGUGUGUGUGUGUGUGUGUGUGUGUGUGGGUGUGGUGUGUGUGUGUGUGUGUGGCCCAUGAGGGCCUCAGCUGAGGAACUGAGCUGCUGUGAAGCAUGCUGGGAAGAUGUGGAACCCUCCAAAGCUGUGGCAUUGAGGUUUUUUUGUUCAGAAAGAACAAAAAGGACAAAAAAGAAAAGAUUUUAGUAGUUUAUAAUUUAAUCAGUUUUUUAUUGUUUGGUUUUCAUUGCGAGAGUGGCAAACCAGCCUGCGCUGGCUGAGCGCUCAGCUGCUGAGUGCUGUGGGCAAGCCUCACAACAUGGUGACAAAACCAACCAAUCGCAUGGAGGACGGCAGAUGGAACAUGCAUUGUACUGUAUUGCAUUGAAAAAUUUUACAUGAAGCAAGUAUCCUGACAAUAAAAGUGGAGACAUUGAUACUGUU